AUGACUGCAUCCGUCAGCGUCACCAUAGAAACAGAUGCUGAUGAUGUGAUGCACGAGAGGAGAAAGGGCACAUACACCAAACAAGAUAUUGUAGAUAACCAGACAGUCCUCAUCAGUAUAUGGGAUACAGUCCAAGAGGAUACGGAAAGUCUGAUGCGAUACAUCAACUGGGCCGACUGCCUUGUUAUUGUCUAUAGCAUCACCAGCAAACAGAGUUUUCAACAGGCCAAGAUUCUACUCCAGGAGCUCUCAGAUUCACAGAAAGCCAGGGAUGCGCAGGAACUACCAAUAGUGUUGCUAGGCAACAAGAACGAGAUGGAGAGGUACAGGCAAGUCAGCAAAUUGGACGGAAGUGCCCUGGCAACCCAGUACGCCUGCAACUACCACGAAGUCUCGUCUGCUGGCGAUUACGAGGAUGUCGAACACGUUUUUCACGAGACUGUCCGCGAGAUUCGGAGGGAAGCCGAACGACACAUGCCUCUGAAACCGCUUUUUAUUGAAGAGAAAUCGGUUACCGCAACGGAAAGUGGAAGCGUUAACGCUAAUGCGCAUGGGCACCACGGUGCCAGGACAAAAUUGGCGUCGCCCAAGGCGCCAAGGGUUGUGCCGAAAAGGACGGUUUCGAGUUUCAAGUUCUUCAACAAAGGAUUCAAAAUAUUUUCGCAAUGAUCCGUGCCUGUUAAAAAACGAUGAAUUGUGGCUUGAAUUAUGUAGAAAUUGUAUUUUGUCAGCCUUAUGUGAAGUGAAGCAAGGAUUAACUGAAAUAGUAUCAUUGUGACGUGGAAUCGAGCACUGAGGAGAGAAAGACGGGAUUAGGCCAAUGAAAAAUCGCCGAUAGGUCAACAAAUGAUGAGUGCCUGAAUACACGGAAUAGGGACAUUGCAGGCAAGCUACCAAUCAAAGUGACACAAACCAUUGCAAACAGUAGAAAGAUUGAAGGAGAUAAUGAGAAAAUGACCAAAAGAACGCCAAUUUUUCUUUGACCAAUUUUCCUCUUCGACCAACAGUUCCUAAGAAAAAAAUAUUGAUAAAUAUUAUUUUUAAGGUAGAAGAAAAGGACAAUGAGUAAUAUGAUAUGAAAAGACUGAGGGAGAGUAAAAUUGAUCUAGAUCUUAUUUCUUUACUGAUUGGUCAUCUUGCUUUCCCGUGCAGGGAAAGGGAUUGGUGAAAAUAAUUUGACUGAGAGCAAGAUUGUGGUCGACCAAAAACAUGUAAGGGUUUUAUGCCAUAUUUCAUAGCAGUAACUACACUUUUGUCAUAUUGGACGAAAAUGUCAAACCUUGACGGCAUACCCCCAUUUAUUCAUGAGUUUAGAACAUUUUUGACCUGUUUUAUAUUUCAUAAGGCUAGUAAAAGCCCCAGACAGUGAGAUAUAACACCCCCUCCCCACAAGAAACAAAAUUAAAGCAUUCAUGUCAUACCAAUUUUAAAACAUUGCCAUUUCCUUUAUAUGCCCUCAAAGGUAAAAUAAUUUAGUAUAUCAAUGUGUAUGUGUGCAUUAUUUGAUCAACACAAAUAAAGAAAAAAUGAAUAAAAAAUAAUAAAAUGAAUAAAAAUUGUGUGUGUACCAUCCAGAUUUGUUAUUUGCAUAGUACUGCCAAUUUGGAUUAUAGUUCCAAUCACUUUGCCCUACCCUACACAAAAGAGAAGCUUUAAUUAAUCAAGAUUUGUCUGCAAAACUGGACAUGAAUUUUCGUUGAAUCAAUUUCCAUUAAAGUAGCAAUUUAUUUUCAGGAAGAUGAUUCCGAGUGUUUGUUCAUGAAUAUACAUGUAUCUUUCGUCCUCUGGUGCACAUAAUCAUCUUCAAGGAAAUCCCCCUCCCUGUCUGGUUUUCCCCACCUACCUUUCUCAUAAAUGUAUCCCUUUUUUAGUUAAAUCUCCCUUUCUGAUAAAGUUGUCCUUAUUGAUAAUUGUCAAGUACAGAUUUAAGGACAUGAAGGAAAUCGGAGGGGACCACCAUCAGAUAUCACCACCAUCAUCGUCAUCACCAAAUUCACCACCGUCAUCCCCAUCAUCACCAUUAUGACCACCAUCACAACUAUCAUCAUCAUCAUCACCACCAUCACAACUAUCAUCAUCAUCACCACCACCACCACCACCAUCAUCAUUACCACCUUCAUAAUCAUCGAGUAUCACCAUUUACACUCCAGAAAACUAUAAAGGGGAAACCUUCACAUAAACAUCCUUUUCUUUUUCAAGGAACUGUUCCAGUAUUUAUUUUGAAAUGUUGCACAUAAACAUCUUUGAGUUAGAUACCUUUUCACACUUCCAUAAUGUGUAAUGUAUGUAUGUAUUUCAAAUACAUGUAUUCAAGUAAUGCAUUAUUUCUAUUGGUGUCAAUUCAAUAUCCUGGACUGUUUCUGAGAGCUUGUUAUCAAUCAUCUAAUAAAAUGUUAGAAAUUUAUGACAAACUGUGCCUUUGAUCAAUCAAAUAGCACUAUUUCAGUAGCUUACAACAUUAUCUUAUGAAAUUGAUAACAUGUUUUGUGAGACCGGAUCCAAAGCCCUAUGGCACUUUCUGUCCACUAUACAGAAUUAAGAGCACUAAGUCAGGCCUAAUUGUAAUUUGCACUAUAUACAACUGAAUAUUAUCAUAAUCUUAUUCAAAUUCAGUGUAAUUUCAGAGGAAGCAGCAUCCAGUUUCGGGGAACCAAAGAAUAAUGUUUGAUAGCACCAAGCAUCCCUACAAAUUCAAAAAAGCCAGCCUCCGUAAGAAGUCUGUACCAAUGCACAUCCAAAGUUUGAAGCAUGGAUAUAGAAAGAGAAAAUCUCUGCUCUGGCAUGGCCAAUUGUUAUUCACCAAAGAUUUCCAAACAAAUUGAUACACAUGUACAUAUAAUAGGAAAUCUUGCAAAGUGCUAAUGUGGUUUCAACAGCACAUCAGCAUAUAAGGUCCAACCAACAAAACCUUUUCUCCGCUUUCUUUACCCUCUAGACACUUUCUGAUGCAUACUUGAAAAGCAAAAAAAAAAAAGAAGAUAAAUGAGCUGCCUUCUAUGAGUAAGGAAUAAAGGGGCAUAUUAUUUUACAAAAUUCUAGGGGGGCUACCAAUAGGUAGAGUCGCAUAUUCUAAAAUACAUAAUGAAAUAUCUAAAUAUGGCAUAAUUCAAUUAAUUGGAUAGAGCAAAAUUAGGAAUCAUAUUCAAUUCAGUUCAUUAUCUAAUAUCAACAACCCCAGUCUUUAUAGACCAUACAUAUUAUCUUUGUCUUUUGAAAGGGUGGAUUUGAAGUUGCAAUCCUAAAGUACAGAGGAUUAGAGUUUCAGGUGAUUUUCAACAGUAAUUUCAAUGCUAUUCACAUAAUACUUGUUUCAUUUUCAUGCAAGUUUGGUACAGAACCAACUCUGUUAAGUGCCCUUUGAUGUAUACAAUUUGUUAAACACUGCAUUGCUGCCAGCUUUGCUUUUGUUUUUUACCCCCCACCCCACCCCCUUCAUCAAUGCUCAAUUGCAUACAAUUCCACAUAGACGUACAUUUGAGAGAUUGAUAUACAUUUCAUGUAGGCAUACCUUGACAAAAAAGUACUUUGUAUUCAAAUGAAUAUUUUGUUUUAAUGUGUAGGCAAUAAAUAUUUGUAGAAGAUAAAAAAUAAACUAUGAUCUGUGAAGAUUGA